ACCCCCAAAAAAAAACAUGAUGAUGAGCUCUAAAGGCAUAUCUUUUGCUCUUUUGUUUGGGUUGGUGGCUGUUUUGGCUACCAACCCUUUCAUACAUCUAUCCCUAAUGCCACUCAAACUAAGCCUCGUUUGUUUAAAGUCAAGAUCGCAUCACCAUCAUCACCGUCACCACCAUCACCAUCACGACGAGGAGCAGAUUGUGAAAUCUGUAUGCGAUGAUUUCGUACCGAAUUUUCCUACCGUUGAUCCUAACGUCACGUCUCUUAUCUGCGUCGAUCGCAAUGGAUGUUGCAAUUUCACCACUGUGCAAUCCGCCGUGGACUCGGUUGGAAACUUUAGUGCAAAGAAGUCCUUAAUAUGGAUCAACAAGGGCAUGUAUUUUGAGAAAGUUAUUAUUCCAAAAACGAAACCUAAUAUCACGUUCCAAGGCCAAGGUUAUACCUCGACGGCGAUCGUCUGGAACAGCACGGCCAAUUCUUCCGGCGGCACGUUUUACAGUGGCUCCGUGCAAGUUUUCUCGGCUAACUUCAUUGCCAAGAACAUAAGUUUCAUGAACGUGGCUCCGAUGCCGGUGCCCGGAGCGGUGGGAGCUCAGGCGGUUGCGAUUAGAAUAGCCGGCGACCAGGCGGCGUUCUUUGGUUGCGGAUUCUUUGGAGCUCAGGAUACUCUUCAUGACGACCGAGGCAGACAUUACUUCAAAGAUUGCUACAUUCAAGGCUCCAUUGACUUCAUUUUUGGCAAUGGCAAAUCCUUGUACGAGAAUUGCCAGUUGAUAUCCAUAGCCAACCCAGUACCCCCGGGAGUAAAGUCAAUUAACGGCGCUGUGACGGCGCACGGGCGAAACUCCAAGGAGGAGGACAGCGGGUUCGCAUUUGCGAACUGCAGCUUGGGUGGAAGCGGCAGGAUUUGGCUGGGCCGUGCAUGGCGGCCGUUCUCCACCGUCAUCUUCUCCAACACCUAUAUCACAGAUAUCGUCGCUCCCGAAGGUUGGAAUGACUUCAAUGACCCUACAAGAGACCAGACGGUAUUCUACGCAGAGUAUAACUGUACAGGCACAGGAGCCAAUACGAUGAUGAGAGUGCCGUACGCUCAAAGGCUAAAUGACUCCCAAGCCCUCCCUUUCCUUACUACUUCAUUCAUCAAUGGUGAUCAGUGGUUGCUACCGCUGCUCUCUUGAAUACAAUGAUCGGAUUUUAUACACUGACGGUGAAUUAAAUAUUGGUGAUCAAUGAACAAUGGUUACUAGCUAUUGUUACUCUCUUGAAUACAAUGAUCGGGUUCUAUAUAUACACUAAGGAUGAAUCAAAUGUUGUUAUAUAUCACUUGAAAGUUUAGUUGAAACAGAAAUUGUGUUUAUUAUUGUAAUUGUGAAUUGAUUUUCAAUGAAGUGACGGCCAAUUGUGUAUUCCAA